UAGCAGGUAAGGACAUCACCAUUGGCAGGACGAAACAUCGCUCGCCAGCGUCCUCUGAAUAGUGAGCUAUGGCCGCAGCCGGCAGCACGUCGCCAUCCCUCACAUCUUCCUCUCACACUCUUACUGCUGGCUCGACAACCAUGCCUCCGCCUCCAACCACAACGGCCACUGCCUCGUCGAACAUGGCGGCCGGAGCUGCCCUCCUCGAGUCCAUCACCACGCAAAACCGGCACUCUUUCCUCCAGCCCUCGGCCUCGAUACCGGCUGCAUCCCUCCAGCUCGUAAAGGAGACCCUGGAUGCCUUUGCCGGCCGGGUCAGCGACGAGCAGCAGCUGAGGCUGCGCGAGGCCGGCAAGAAGAGGAAGCGGGAGGCCGGCCUGCUGGAGAGGGCCGAGGUGCUGAAGAUCCGCAAGUUGCACGUCGAUGGCUUCGAGACAGGCCAGGUGUGGCAGCAGGCCAAGAGGAUCAUCGGCUCAGCGUUGAGGGAAAGCCAGGAUGUGAUCGAGGAGCUGGAGGAGAUGGGUCAGUUCCGAGAUGUCCUGGAAAUCGGAGCAAAAGAAGUGGAUGCAUCGGAUGCAUUGGGUACAGACGAAUCGGAAUCUGUUGAGGGCGGAUCCGAAACUGGCUCGGAACUUGGCUCAGACGAAGACGAAGAAGAUGACGAAGACGCCUCGAAUGACGAAGAAGACUCUGGUGCCGAGAUCUACGACCUACUCGACGAUGAGGCCGAAGAGGCCGAUGAUGCGGAGUCCGAUACCAGCGAUCUGCUUGAGGAGAACCUCGAACUUGACGGCGAGGAUCUGGGAUCGGAGGAUGAGGACGGGGAAGACGAAGAAGUCGGCUCAGACGAAGCUCCCGAAGAAUACGUCAAAGAUCCACACGGUCUCAAUGAUGAAUUUUUCUCCAUAGAUGAGUUCAACAAACAGACGCAAUACUUCGAGGAUCAGGAUGCCCGAGCGGACCCCAACACCGAUAUGGCUAGCGAUGAUGAAGAUGUCGACUGGCAUCUCGAUCCCAUGGCAGAGUCAAUGCCGAAUGGCAAAUCAAGUGGUAAGCCCUCGAAGAAGGACAAAAUAGAUGAAAAGGCCCUCAGCGAUGCGGACGACGAUGAAGAUGAGGAUGACGAAGAGGGCGGCCCUACGUUUGGUAAUAUGGAGCUUGAUGCCCCUGAAGGGGAGAGUGACGAUGAGCUCGAGAAAGGCCUUCAGGAUGGUUUGGAUCUCGGCCUCGAUCUUACCGCCAAUGACAUCUACUACAAGAACUUUUUUGCACCCCCAAAGAAAGUUAAGAAGGGGGGCAAACCGAGACACAAGGAACUGCCACGGCCAUCGAAACCGGACGACGCUGAUGUGGAGCGAGCCAUCAACGAUGUCCGUCGUGACCUGUUCGACGAUCUAUCCGAGCGCUCUGACUCUGAGGAUGCGCUGUCGGACGUCUCGGCCGGUGACCCCAGAUCUCGCCGAUCGGCCCACGAGCGCCGGCAGGCCAAAUUGGCAGAAGAAAUCCGCAAGCUCGAGGCAGAGUCCGUCGCCAAGCGAAAAUGGACACUGUCUGGCGAGGCGACGGCAGCGGAACGGCCCAUCAACUCCAUCCUUGAACAGGAUCUUGACUUCGAGCACGCGGGCAAGCCGAUUCCCGUCAUCACGGAGGAGAUAUCCGAAUCCAUCGAAGAGCUGAUCAAGCGGCGGAUCCUCGCACAGGAAUUUGACGAGGUGAUCCGACGUCGACCGGACUCCAUGGCGGACGUGUCAAACGACACCCGCCGUGGUCUCGUGGAGCUGGAUGACACCAAGGCCAAGCAGAGCCUGGCAGAGAUCUACGAGGAGGAGCACGUCAAGACGGCGAAUCCGGACACGUACGUCAGCAAGUCGGACGAGAAGCUACGACAGGAGGAGCAGGAAGCCGAGAAUAUGUGGAAGGAGAUCAGCGCCAAACUAGACGCCCUGAGCAGCUGGCACUAUAAGCCCAAGCCGGCGACGCCGAGCCUUACUGUCGUCGCAGACGUCGCGACCAUCACUAUGGAGGAUGCACAGCCUACGACAGCACAGGGGGUUAAUGGUGGCGAGAGCAUGAUCGCGCCACAGGAAGUCUACAAGGCCGGCAAGGAGACGGCUGAGCAAGGGGAAGUCGUUGCUAAGAGCGGCUUGCCCGUUGCCCGACAGGAGAUGAGCCGGGAGGAGAAGCUGAGGCGACGCCGGAGGGAGAAGGAGAGGAUCAGGAAGAGCGGCGGCGGCGACGAGGGCAAGAAGCCCCUGAGCAAGAAGGCGCAGGAGAAGAAGGAUACGAUCAGCGAGCUGAAGAAGGGUGGGGUGAGGGUUAUCAACAAAAAGGGCGAGAUCGUGGACAUGGACGGCAACAAGGCAGCUGCUGCCAGGAAGGCGGCUACGAGUGGAAGUUUCAAGCUGUAGUUAGCCCCUGCGAGACGAGCAGAGUGCGAGCCAUCAUCAGCUCCUUUUCCCCCUCGCUUGAUAAUAAAAGAGUUCUCCUGAAUUAGAGUCGUUUCAUUUUGAGUUUCCUGAAAGAAAUGUGUCAGUCCGGAUUAUCAGGGGUCUCGUCCAAACAGAGACAUGUCAGAAUCCGGCGCAGUGAUGUAUCAAGGCUGGAGAUUUGAUUGGUGGUGUGUAAUUGGUGGUGUGUAUACCUAAGUAAGACAGCCGGGAGCAGAAAACGAGGUCUCAUCCCACCAAC